AUGGAAAAGCUUCAGAACCUUGUCGCCAGUGUGACGGGAAAGGAGAAAGUCGGGAUCCUCGACAGCUCGGCGCAGUCACUCUAUGUUGCUGCGGCAGCCAUAGCAUUCAACCCUAUCUUCUGGAAUUGUGAUGAGGGCGUAUUUAACCUGAGGCUAGAGUACAAUACUCACUUCUUGACCAAGAUCUUCCGCUCUCCUUACUAUGGCUGUUAUGCGCUGGCAGUGACUAUCUUCUCGCUCGGUAUCCUACGCGACUCUCUGUACAAAUCUGCUCUUGACGAACAACCGCUCUACCCGCCCCUGCACCAACCCGCACUAGGCGUGAUCUUGUUUGCUGCCGGCAACACUCUGGUGCUCUCGAGCAUGUGGGCACUUGGGGUGACGGGCACCUAUCUGGGCGACUACUUCGGCAUCUUGAUGGACCACAAGGUUGAAGGGUUUCCCUUCAAUGUCACAGGGGCACCAAUGUACUGGGGAAGCACUCUGUCCUUCCUCGGCACCGCCUUCUACACCGGCCGAACGGCGGGCGUGUUGCUCACUCUGGAGGUCUUCGUGAUGUAUCUCAUUGCACUGCGGUUUGAAGACCCUUUCACUGCCGAGAUUUAUGCAAAGAAGGAGUCGAGGCCUGUCACUCGCUCCAUGACGCGACCAAAGGAUCGUAAGAAGGCAUGA